AUGCACGCGUAUGUUAUACUGCUGCUGGUAGCGGGCACACUCACUCACCUCUGUCUUCCUGCCACACUCAACUCUGCUGGAACAUUUGAUGGCUUCGCUGAGUCUGACCAAGGCAGACACAAGAGAGACUUCUCUAGAGAGCACAGUGAUAACUCAAGAGAAGACGACAGAAGUCACCUUCUCCACCGCUCACCUACAAGAGGAACAGGAAGAAAACCAGGACUAGUUAAUUAUGGAGGUCAUGGAGCUGGAAGGUCACUGGCGGCGGUGGCUGAGGCCUCCCACAGGAGACCCGUCAGACACUCCAGCAGGAAGUACUGUCCAUUGUGUCAGCUCGCUGCCAAGGUCCCCUCAAGCGGUUCCAUCAGCGGGUCCUUCUCCUUCAGUGGUUCAGAUGGAUCAGGAUCCGCAAGUGCUUCUGGAUCACACACCAGCUCUGGAUCCGGGUCCAACUCAGCAAGUGGAUCCUUCAGUAGUGGUAGACCACAAUCAGGAAGUGCCUCUGGAUCCUUAAGUGCUUCAUGGGGUGGAGCAGGUUCAGGCGGUGGAGAAGGUUCAGGUAGUGGAACAGGAUCAGGUGGGGGAGUAGGUUCAGGUGGUGGAUAUGGUGGUGGAUCAGGUGCAGGUGGUGGAUCAGGUACAGGAGGUGGAUUUGGUGGUGGAUCAGGUGCAGGAGGUGGAUUUGGUGGUGGAUCAGGUGCAGAAGGUGGAUCAGGUUCAGGAGGUGGAUUUGGUGGUGGAUCAGGUACAGGUGGUGGGUCAGGAUCAGGAGGUGGAUCAGGUGCAGGUGGUGGAUCAGGUGCAGGAGGUGGAUUUAGUGGUGGAUCAGGUACAGGAGGUGGAUUUGGUGGUGGAUCAGGAUCAGGAGGUGGAUCAGGUGCAGGAGGUGGAUUUGGUGGUGGAUCAGGUACAGGAGGUGGAUCAGGUACUGGAGGUGGACUUGGUGGUGGCUCAGGUGCAGGAAGUGGAUCAGGUACAGGAGGUGGAUUUGGUGGUGGAUCAGGAACAGGAGGUGGAUUUGGUGGUGGAUCAGGCUCAGGAGGUGGAUCAGGUUCAGGAGGUGGAUCAGGUACUGGAGGUGGAUCAGGUGCAGGAGUUGGAUUUGGUGGUGGAUCAGGUACAGGAGGUGGAUUUGGUGGUGGAUCAGGUACAGGAGGUGCAUCAGGUACAGGAGGUGGAUCAGGUGCAGGAGGUGGAUUUGGUGGUGGAUCAGGUACAGGAGGUGGAUUUGGUGGUGGAUCAGGUACAGGAGGUGGAUCAGGUAACUGGAGUGGUGGAUCAGGUACAGGAGGUGGAUUUGGUGGUGGAUCAGGAACAGGAGGUGGAUUUGGUGGUGGAUCAGGUACAGGAGGUGGAUUUGGUGGUGGAUCAGGUACAGGAGGUGCAUCAGGUACAGGAGGUGGAUCAGGUGCAGGAGGUGGAUUUGGUGGUGGAUCAGGUACAGGAGGUGGAUUUGGUGAUGGAUCAGGUACAGGAGGUGGAUUUGGUGGUGGAUCAGGAACAGGAGGUGGAUUUGGUGGUGGAUCAGGUUCAGGAGGUGGAUCAGGUUCAGGAGGUGGAUCAGGUACUGGAGGUGGAUCAGGUGCAGGAGCUGGAUUUGGUGGUGGAUCAGGUACAGGAGGUGCAUCAGGUACAGGAGGUGGAUCAGGUGCAGGAGGUGGAUUUGGUGGUGGAUCAGGUACAGGAGGUGGAUUUGGUGGUGGAUCAGGUAUAGGAGGUGGAUCAGGUACAGGAGGUGGAUUUGGUGGUGGAUCAGGUAUAGGAGGUGGAUCAGGUACUGGAGGUGGAUCAGGUGCAGGAGGUGGAUUUGGUGGUGGAUCAGGUACAGGAGGUUCAUCAGGUACAGGAGGUGGAUCAGGUGCAGGAGGUGGAUUUGGUGGUGGAUCAGGUUCAGGAGGUGGAUUUGGUAGUGGAUCAGGUUCAGGAGGUGGAUUUGGUAGUGGAUCAGGUUCAGGAGGUGGAUUUGGUAGUGGAUCAGGUUCAGGAGGUGGAUUUGGUAGUGGAUCAGGUUCAGGAGGUGGAUCAGGUGCAGGAGGUGGAUUUGGUGGUGGAUCAGGUACAGGUGGAUUUGGUGGUGGAUCAGGUACUGGAGGUGGAUCAGGUUCAGGAGGUGGAUUUGGUAGUGGAUCAGGUUCAGGAGGUGGAUUUGGUAGUGGAUCAGGUUCAGGAGGUGGAUCAGGUGCAGGAGGUGGAUCAGGUACAGGAGGUGGAUUUGGUGGUGGAUCAAGUACAGAAGGUGGAUCAGGUACAGGUGAUGGAUCAGGUACGGGUGGUGGAUUUGGUGGUGGUUCAGGUGGUGGAUUUGGUGGUGGAUUUGGUCUUGGGUCAGGUGGUGGAUUUGGCGGUGGUUCAGGUGGUGGAUUUGGCGGUGGUUCAGGUGGUGGAUUUGGCGGUGGUUCGGGUGGUGGAUUUGGUGGUGGUUUGGGUGGUGGAUUUGGUGGUGGUUUGGGUGGUGGAUUUGGAAGUGGACUUGGUGGUAAUUCAGGUGGAUUUGGAAGGGGUUCAGGUAGCGGAUUUCGUGGUGGUUCAGGAGGAAAAGGCUCAGGUGGCGGCUUGAGUGGCGGUGGUGGCGGGUGUCUGACAAACAAACCUGGAGUCACCUGUUCAGGUUCGGGUGCUGCCUUCCAUGGCGGUGGCAGCGGCGGCGGCCGUGGCAGCUUCCAGGUUGGUGGCAGCGGCGGCGGCUACGGUGGCGCUGAUGGCACUUCCUUUGCUACUGGGUCAGCCUACACUGGUGACAGCAGUGGUGUGAAAGGUAUCAGGGUGGACGUCAGGAGCCCCUGAGUGUAUCAGUAGUCAGGAGUCCCUGAAUGUCGGUAGUCAGGUGUCCCCGAGUGUCAGCAGUCAGCAUCCACUGAGUGUCAGCAGUCAACAUUCACUGAGUGUCAGCAGUCAGGGGUCCGUGAGUGUCAGCAGUCAAGAGCCCCUGUUAGCAGUCAGGAACCUCAGUGUCAGCAGUCAAGAGCACCUGAGUGUCAGCAAUCAGGAGUCACUAGGUGUCAGCAGCCAGGAGCCACUGUGUCACGUCUUGUCAGUCAUCGUAACAUCUAUUUAGAGAGUAAUUCAGUUAACAUAAGAACAUCACAACAUAAGACCCAGGUCAGGUUAGAGUUGUCAUGACGGACCUACCAUGGUUCCAGUCUCACACAUUCUCUCACAGGACAAGUGUUUCCUGACGGGGGUCUUAGUCACGUCAUCUCCCACAGACACUAACUUUUGCUCAUCUGGGCGAGACUUUUCACUGACUUUCCGAUAUUCCACUUUAAAAAUAAACAUUACUGACUCUUACCUAUAUUAAAGUAAGAUUGAACAGGAAACAGAACAAGUGUUUCCUGACGAGACUCUUAAUCAUCGUUAACUAAAUUCCCGGGCUGGUGGCUCUUACAACUCUUGACGGCCGAGCUCUUGAUUAUGCCACUCUUGUUUAUAUGUAUUAAUAAAAAAGUUAUAUAAUGGUAGGUAAAUUUCCAAUAAAUUUUCUUUUAACU